CUCAGGUGUUCUGGCAGCCGUUCCUCCCCGCCCUGGCCCUCCCCUUGGGAUCUAGCCCCAGGCCAGCAUCCUCCUCCCUCUUGGUCCCGGGCAGUCUCAGCUAAAAGCUGGAGGUCCCAGGCUGAAUCCGCUUUCUGCCAGGGUAAGCGAGCCCAGCCGACACCAGGCGCUCCUUCUGCUGCGGGAGUAGAUAAACUUUCCAGAGGACUCUCCGCGUUUCCCGCGGGACGAAUCCCGGGGCCGGAUCGGAUACUGUCAUGGAGCGGUCCGGAGAGCAGCUACAAAGAUCCGAAGCGUCCAGCUCUAAGUCUUCGGAAGACCCGCCAUCCGCGGAGGAGCUGUCGGUCCCCGAGGUUCUUUGCGUGGAGAGUGGCACCUCUGAGCCGCAGAUCCCUGCCGCUCAGUUCCAGGACAGGUCCCCGCAGAAAGAGGCAGCUCUCCCGGAACAGGAGGAGCUACAAGAAUAUCGCCGCUCUCGUGUGCGCUCCUUUUCUUUGCCUGCAGACCCCAUCCUGCAGGCGGCCAAGCUUCUGCAGCAGAGGCGGCAGGCCGGGCAGCCCAGCUCCGAGGGUGACGAGCCCGCUGGGGACUGUUGCUCCAAGUGUAAGAAGCGCGUGCAGUUCGCGGACUCCCUGGGACUGAGCCUGGCCAGCGUGAAGCACUUCAGCGAGGCCGAGGAGCCGCAGGUGCCGCCCGCCGUGCUCUCCCGUCUCCAUAGCUUCCCGCUGCGCGCCGAGGACCUGCAGCAGCUCGGAGGGCUGCUGGCAGUGGCAAAGAUGCCCGCGCCCCUCUUGGCGCCGCACGCCCGGCUCCGACCCCUCUUCCAGCUCCCGGGGCUGAGCGCUGCGGAGGAACGUCUGCAGAGACAGCGAGUGUGCCUGGAGCGUGUGCAGUGCUCCCAGCCGCCCCGCGCCGAGGUCACCGGCUCCGGCCGGGUGAUCAGCUGCCCCGGACCCAGGGCAGUGGCGGUGCGCUACACUUUCACCGAGUGGCGUACCUUUCUGGACGUGCCGGCCGAGCUGCACCCGGAGUCACUGGAGCCCCUGCCUCCCGUGCAGUCGGGGGACUCUUGGCCAGGGGCUGAGGAUAGUGAGGAGGAGUCCGGCACCGAACGUUUCUGCUUCUCGCUGUGCCUGCCCCCGGGUCUGCAACCCAAAGAAGGGGAGGAUGCUGACGCGUGGGGUGUCGCUAUUCAUUUUGCCGUCUGCUACCGCUGCGAACAGGGGGAAUACUGGGACAACAACGAGGGGGCCAACUACACCUUGCGCUAUGUGUGCUCCACAGACCCGCUCUGAGUCCGGGAACUUGGGGACUCGGAGAGAGGCUGACCAGCAAGUCAAGUUCCAGCAAGGGCUCCCUGGGGAUCAUUAGCUGAGCGAUGCAGAUUUGGCAUUAACAGAGCUUGGAGCGGUAAGAGUAAAAUGUUAAACCACACACUCUCAGCGCAGAGCACACAUCCCCAAGCACUGGCAGUGUUCUGGCCCUCAGUCUUCUCAUCGCUUCCACUGACCUUUCUACCCGUCUCCUAGAAUUCUCAGCCUGCAUCAAAAUAAGGAACAUCCUCCUAGAUGCUGUCUCCAAGAAAAAGGCUCUGGAACCCUGAGCCAGGACCUUGGGAUUUUGUUUCUAACUUGAGGCGCGGUCCUUAGAGCUUGCUGAAAACCUGCAAGGAAAAGACAAGGCAGGCCACCUCCACGUGGGGGAGGAAGGCCUUCACACGUGGAAUCUUCACUGCUAGGCUUGGCUCUCAGAAGGCUAGGUGGGCGCAGGCCAGCUUGUCCUUUUAGCUGGGCUCUGGAAACGCCUGCCCAGACUCAAUGCUAUUUUCUUCCGUGAUUGGAUACAAAUGUCUUUUAAGAAAGUAAAGGCUGCGUGAACAAGUGUCCUCUCUGUGCUUCAUGUUUUUACCUUCCGAGGGUUUGGGGAGGCCGUGGCAGUCAGAGGAACGCUCCGCUGAUGACACGGCAGUGUGACAGUUAUGAAACAACACUACUAACACUUGUUUUCUUGAUGUGGAAUAGUUCAAGUUCCCCACACUGAGGAAAAAAAAAGAUGUUCAGAAUGUUUUGUAAAAAAGUAUUCUGUCUCUCUCUUGCCAUAGCAAAAUGUUGGACGAAUCAAAAUGCCACAGGCCUUGGCUGUGAGUUGCAAGAGCCCAUCACAUUUGUCCCAAACCCUUUUGUGCAACGGAGCUCCCCCACUCUCUGGGCCAUUAGCAGUCAGAGAAGAUGGCGGUUGUAGGCUGCACUCCAAGGGCAGGGCUUGGGGGCUGGAAAGGUGGCUCCCUUCUCUCAGAGGAACGAGGAGGGAAAGUUCACUCAGCUCUGCUCAGAACCAGUCGGGGCAGGCACUCUGCAUAGCAGAACCCUAGGUGCAACCAGUGUGGGGACUAUCUUCAUUCACUUUGGAUGGCUCUAUAUGCUCAGGUGCGAGUGGGAGGAUAUUCUGGGUAAAAGUUUAGCUCCCUCCUUCCCACUCUUCCUAGGCAACCUAUUUUCUAAAAAAAAAAAAAAAGGAAUCAGCCUUCUUGGUAGUGUAUGUAGCCUAUUGUCUAUAUGGGUUGCCUCAAGGGACCUUGGAGACAAAAUAAAUAAAUAAAUAAAUAAAUAAAUAAAUAAAUAAAAUGAACCU